AUGCCUAUGAACGAACUUGUUCGAUUGGGUUCGCUACCUCAAUCUGCAUUGCCGAGUCCUGAUACCACAUUUGACACAGCAUCUUCUCUUUUUCGGAAACUCGCUCGAGACCAGAAGCUCACACAACGAUGGCGAUCCCUCGACAAAGGCCCCUUCAAGAUCUGGUGCGAUGAUUUUCGACCGGCCAAUGUGCUCAUGGACGAGGAUUUGAAAAUCAUUGGAGUCGUAGACUGGGAGUUCACAUACGCUGCCCCGGUUGAAUUCACCUAUGCGCCACCAUGGUGGCUUCUUAUUGAGAAGCCAGAAUACUGGCCCGAUGGCCUCGAGGACUGGUGUGGGAAGUUUGAGCGCCGACUCCAGACCUUUCUGAAGGCGAUGAUUGACCACGAAGACGAGGCCAUUCGGAAGGGCCGGCUAGAAGACAACGCAGCGGCUUUCAGGUCCAAUGCUCGAUAGUUGGAAGAGUGGGGACUUUUGGAUUGCAUAUGCUGCAAGGAACAACUUCGCCUUUGAUGUUCCAGAAGCUUGAAGAGAUGGAAACAAGAGUUUUAGCAUGGGAUCCAGACGAGUACACCAAAUCCCGCAUAGAAGUUGCAAUGAAGGAGGCGGCGAAGGAGGAAGACGAGGUCGGGAAAGGCGAGAGCAGCAAGGUUGAG